AUAUUAUUCAAAUUUGAAGCUCUGCUCAUUUUCGCAGAGACCCUCCCAAAGCUAGGGCACAAUACCAUUGUAAUUCAGUUCGCGAUUGUUUCUACAGGUUCGUUUAUUUUUUAUUUUUUUAUUUUUUGCAAUUCUGCAUUUUAUGAAUGUCGCCGGCGUGCGUUUCUGAAAUUGCGAGUUACGAUUGAUAGUUAUUGCUAGCGUCUUGAUUCUGGGUGUUAUUGGUGAAGCUCGUUCAGUUGUUAUUUACUACAGUCAGAGUUCAUCCUCGAGUGGUAAGUAAAAUAUACAUGUUACAUUUUUUUCGGUGUUGCUUGAAUCUUUUGGCAGAUAAUUUCUGUAAUUCGCCGCAAUUUUGCUCUAAUUCCUCUUUGUGAUGUCGAAUUGUGUGUCGUGUUCAGAGUGAGUUAUAGUAUGUUUGUUGCCUGCUCAUGUGCUUGUUUGUCGUAGAUAUUCAAUUUUAGGUGCACAUAUCUAUUUUUGUUACUUGUUCUUGUGCUUGAUUGUGGUGGUCAGAUAAAUGUGGUCGUGGAUGUUAUUGUUUUUGACUGGAUAUGCUUGUUGUCGUUUACUCACUUUCAUUUUGUUGAAUAUGCACUAGUGUACAUAACAGUUCCAUUUUGUGCUAGAACAUGGAGUCUGUGAGUAGACAGAAACUACUGUCUAAUUUGAGGCGUAGAAACUCGUUUGUGUGUAUGGCUGUUGAGGAGUUAUUGCAGGAACAAUUGUUGCAGCUAGUGGUUGUGGUUGAUUGCAUAGAGAAGUCUAGGUCACGAAAAAGAAAACGUCGGGUAUUGGCUGAGCCUUAUGGGAUGCUCCAUAGAAUACCUGACCAAGUUAAGUACUUGAAUAGGAUGAUAGACUUUAGUGAUACGAAUUGUAUCAUAAACCUGCGGAUGGAUAGGAAUACCUUUGGGAGAUUGGUUCAGUUGUUGAGAUAUUUGGGCGGACUUAAAGAUGGUAGACAUGUAACGGUUGAAGAGCAAGUGGCAAUGUUUUUAUCUGUGCUUGCUCAUCACAAAAAGAAUAGGGUGGUUAAGUUUAACUUUUGGAGGUCGGGUCAGACGGUUUCGCAUUACAUACAUGUUGUUCUCAGAGCGAUAUUAAGCUUACACGUGCAAUUGCUUGUUAAACCGACUCUUGUUCUAGCAAACUCCGAUGACUCGCGAUGGAAAUGGUUCAAGGGGUGUCUCGGUGCGUUAGACGAGACUUAUAUCAAUGUGAUGGUGCCUAAUAGCGAUAAGCCGUGAUAUAGAACUCGGAAAGGACAAAUUUCAACGAACACUCUAGCUGUUUGUGAUCAAAAUCUUAAAUUUGUGUAUGUUUUACCCGGAUGGGAUGGCUCAGCAGCAGACUCUAGGGUGUUACGCGAUGCUCUUACCCGAGCCAACGGCUUCAAAGUGCCAAGAGGGUCAUACUGCUUGUGUGACAAUGGAUAUGCCAACUCAGAGGGAUUUUUGACGUCUUACAAGGGCGUACGUUACCGCCUGAAAGAAUGGGGGCCGACGGCGGCGCGACCGCAAAAUGCUGAAGAGUUAUUCAACUUGCGUCAUGCAAAGGCUCGCAAUAUCAUAGAGCGUGCUUUUGGGGUGAUGAAAAUGAGGUGGGGGAUACUGCGGAGCACGACUUUCUACUCAGUUAACAUUCAAAAUAGGCUUAUCAGUGCCUGUUUUUACUUAACAACUUCAUAAGAAAUGAGAUGGAUGUAGAUCCAAUUGAGCAUGCAUUUGACAACCUACCCACAAACAAUGAAUAUGCUGAGCCAGAACACGAAGUUUACAUUGAUGCAGUCGAGCCAUCCCAAGAGUGGACUGCUAAUAGGAAUGCCAUCGCACAUGAAAUGUGGCAGCAAUACUUGCUGCAACACUGAGGUGUGAAAGGCUAGCAAUAUCUACCUGUAGAGAACCUGCACAAUGCCUCGCAAAUGCAUGCUAUUUAUGAAAGGGAUGCUUCUGAUGGACAAAUCAAGUUCAUUUUACUGUCAUUUUGUGCGUUUUUGCUUGGGAUUGUUGUUGCAAAAAUGUUCUAAUAUAUUGUAUAUGGUGUCAUGUGUAUGGAACAUUCUGUCAUUUUGUUAUCUUGGACUUAGGCAAUGAAGAUGUAUUAUAUGAAUGGAGAUAUUUGUGACUAUGAAUGGAGACGAUCACUUUAAUCA